AUGACAUUCGUCCAAGAAUUCAACUCAUGGUUCGCUCCAACAGCGCCUACAGGCAUGUACGCCUCGGAUCCCCCCAAGAUCGGGACUGAAGCACCUCGCCCAGCAAAACUCGCCAUAGAACCCAGCAAACAGACCAUAAUCGCAUUCCUCCGCCACUGCGGCUGUCCCUUCGCCGAGAAGACCUUCCUGAAUAUGCGAGAAGCCGCCCGGACGCACAGCGACAUCGAUUUCAUUGCGGUGUCCCAUUCGGAGGAGGAGCAUACGCAGAAGUGGUUGAAGAGUUUACCGCAGUAUGGUAGUGACCCUGGGAACUUGCGAGUUGUAACCGACUCCGAACGCGAAGCAUACGGCGCCUACGGUCUCGGCACAUCUGGCUGGGCCCACGUUCUGGCGCCCUCAGCAUUGUCUAGUGUAUUUCAGCUGAGCAAGGAUGGGAUCUCGAAUCGACCCACUGAGAGCGGGAGUCGGUGGCAGACGAGUGGAACGUAUGGAAUCGGGGCGGAUGGUAUGAUCAAGUGGGGAGGGCCGGCGAGUAGGAGUGAUGAUAUGCCGGAUUUUGAGGAGGCCGUUAGAGAGCUGGGGGAGUAG